UAGUAUGAUUUAUUAUUAUUAAAUUUCUUGUGCAAUAUAGUUUGGUUAACUUGUAUUUCUGUUGUGAUAGAGGAAAGAUUCUAUUAAUAAUGCAAUAAGAUAUUUGUAUAAAAUGAGUUUAGACAAAAAUAAUGAUUAUGAAGAUCAUAGACCCAAAACACCACUGGAGGAAGAUUGUUGCGGUAGCGGCUGCACACCAUGUAUCUUCGACGUUCACAAAACAUUGCUAAAAGAAUGGGAAAAUAGAAAAACUCGAGCAGAAGUUAAAACAACUGACAAUUUAUUAUCUCUUUUAUCCUAUAAAACGUUUGUUAUCACAGAUAUAUCUGAUGUAUCGAAAGACUAUAUUUUAAUUUGUUUGGAAUAUCCAGAAUGUAAAAUAGAAAAAAAUACAAUUUUACACUUAACACCUGGCCAAUAUGUCAUGCUGCAUUCUUGGAGCAAAUCCCGACCAUAUACUCCAAUUGCUUGGACAUGCAGAAGUUUAAUUUUCUUGGUAAAAUUAUAUAAACAUGGUGAAUUCAGUUUACUUCUGAAAAAUGCAUCAAUUGGAAGUGCAAUUGACAUCAGAGGUCCUUACGGAGAUUUCAAGUAUGAAAGUAACAGGUGUGUGAAGUGGAUAAGUAAAUAUUAUUUUUUUUCUUAUGAAUCAACACAUUGUUAUGACAGUUUUCAGCAGAUUACCAUGUUUGGUAUCGGCUCAGGAAUAGCAGCGCUUUAUCCCAUUGCUAAGGCAAUCGUUGAUGAUGAAACAGAACUGACAAGAGUGCAUCUUGUUGCGGGAUUUAGGUCGGUAGCGCACGUGCCUCUGCAAAAAGAGUUAACGCAUUUAGCAAAUUAUUGGAAUUUUAAAUGUACAUUACAAUUGUCCCAGUUAAACGACAAGACAGUCAAUCUUCAUGGUUUUAAUAUAAAUAUUGGUCGUUUGAGUAAAGCACUCGUUGCUGAUUAUCUUCAAUCUAAUGAUACAAAAACAACAUUAAUUUUAAUAUGUGGUACUUCAGAAUUCAAUCAGUCUAUAAAAGAAUGGCUCCAAGAAAUGAAUUAUACACACAUACAUAUAUUUGAAUAAA